AUGGCGGCGGCCGUGACUCGUAGGAUCAACGCUGGCCUCCGCGCCGACGCCACCGACGACGGCGCCGAUGCGCAGAACGGAGCACGGCCGCCCGCGGCCAGGCGGGUGAACGGCGGCGGCGGCAAGGACGACGUGUGGGUGCCCGUCGACGAACCCGACACGCCGGACGCCGGCGGCGCCCGGCCGCCGCUGUUCCGGACGUACAAGGUCAAGGGCAGCAUCCUGCAUCCCUACAGGUUCUUGAUCCUGGCGCGGCUGAUCGCCAUCGUCGCCUUCUUCGUGUGGCGCGCACGCCACAAGAACCGCGACGGCGCAUGGCUCUGGACAAUGUCCAUGGCCGGCGACGUCUGGUUCGGCUUCUCGUGGGUGCUCAACCAGCUCCCCAAGCUGAGCCCCACCAAGCGCGUCCCUGACCUCGCCGCCCUCGCCGACCGGCACGGCUCCUCCGGCGACCUCCCCGGAGUCGACGUCUUCGUUACCACCGUCGACCCCAUCGACGAGCCGUUACUAUACACCGUGAACACCGUCCUCUCCAUCCUCGCCGCCGACUACCCGGUCGACAGGUACGCCUGCUACCUGUCCGACGACGGCGGGACGCUGGUCCACUACGAGGCCAUGGUCGAGGUAGCCAGGUUCGCCGAGCUGUGGGUGCCCUUCUGCCGGAAGCACUGCGUCGAGCCGAGAGCGCCGGAGAGCUACUUCGCGGCGAAGACGCAGGCGUACAAAGGUGGCGUUCCCGGUGAGCUCGUGAGCGACCGCCGGCGUGUCCGCAGGGAGUACGAGGAGUUCAAGGUCAGGAUCGACUCCUUGUUUACCACCAUUCGCCAGCGAUCCGAUGCGUACAACACCAAACAUGCCGGUGAAAAUGCGACAUGGAUGGCUGACGAAACACAAUGGCCCGGCACAUGGUUUGAGCCGGCCGAAAACCACCGGCGAGGGCAGCAUGCUGGAAUUGUUCGGGUUAUACUGAACCAUCCAAGCUGUAAACCGAGGCUCGGGUUGCCGGCGAGUGCUGACAAACCGUUGGACUUGAGCGGCGUCGACGUGCGGCUGCCCGUGCUCGUGUACAUCUCACGGGAGAAGAGGCCCGGGUACAACCACCAGAAGAAGGCCGGCGCCAUGAACGUGAUGCUGCGCGUGUCCGCGCUGCUGACGAACGCGCCGUUCGUCAUCAACUUCGACGGCGAUCACUACAUCAACAACUCGCAGGCGUUCCAGGGCACGAUGUGCUUCAUGCUUGACAGGCGCGGGGGUGGCGGCGAGGACACGGCGUUCGUCCAGUUCCCGCAGCGGUUCGACGACGUCGACCCGACGGACCGGUACGCCAACCACAACCGCGUGUUCUUCGACGGCACCAUGCUCUCGCUCAACGGCCUCCAGGGGCCCUCCUACCUCGGCACCGGCACCAUGUUCCGCCGCGUCGCGCUCUACGGCGCGGAGCCCCCUCGGUGGGGAGCCGUGGCGAGCCAGAUCGAGGCCAUGGACAAGGCCAACAAGUUCGGGAGCUCGACGUCGUUCGUCGGCUCGAUGCUGGACGGCGCCAACCAAGAACGGUCGAUCACGCCGCUGGCGAUGCUCGACGAGUCGGUCACCGAUGAUCUCGCCGCCCUGACGGCGUGCUCCUACGAGGACGGGACGUCGUGGGGGAGAGACGUCGGGUGGGUGUACGACAUCGCGACGGAGGACGUGGUGACCGGGUUCCGCAUGCACCGGCAGGGUUGGCGCUCCGUGUACGCCUCCAUGGAGCCCGCCGCGUUCCGCGGCACCGCGCCGAUCAACCUCACUGAGCGCCUCUACCAGAUCCUGCGGUGGUCGGGCGGCUCCCUCGAGAUGUUCUUCUCCCACAGCAACGCCCUCCUCGCCGGCCGCCGCCUCCACCCGCUGCAGCGGGUCGCCUACCUCAACAUGUCCACCUACCCGAUCGUCACCGUGUUCAUCUUCUUCUACAACCUCUUCCCGGUGAUGUGGCUCGUCUCUGAGCAGUACUACAUCCAGCAGCCGUUCGGCACGUACCUCCUCUACCUCGUCGGCGUCAUCGCGAUGAUCCACGCGAUCGGCAUGUUCGAGGUGAAGUGGGCGGGCAUCACGCUGCUGGACUGGUGCCGGAACGAGCAGUUCUACAUGAUCGGCUCGACGGGGGUGUACCCGACGGCGGUGCUGUACAUGGCGCUCAAGCUCGUCACCGGUAAAGGCAUCUACUUCCGCCUCACGUCGAAGCAGACGACGGCCAGCUCGGGCGACAAGUUCGCCGACCUUUACACCGUGCGGUGGGUGCCUCUCCUGAUCCCGACCAUCGUCGUUCUCGCCGUGAACGUCGGCGCCGUCGGGGUGGCGGUCGGCAAGGCGGCGGCGUGGGGGCCGCGCGCCGAGCCGGGGCGGCUCGCCGUGCUCGGGACGGUGUUCAACGUGUGGAUCCUCGUGCUCCUCUACCCGUUCGCGCUCGGGGUGAUGGGGCAGUGGGGGAAGAGGCCGGCCGUGCUGUUCGUGGCGAUGGUGAUGGCCGUCGCCGCCGUGGCACUCAUGUACGUCGCCGUCGGCUCACCGUACCCAGGUGCGGCGGCGGCAGCUUCUCUCGGUAGAGCGGCGUCGCUGACCGGGCCAUCUGGAUAGCUACAAUUCUGGUUUGAAAUUUUGAUGAUGCAUUGAUGCCUCAUUAUUCCUCUCGGAGUAAUAUAA